GAACGGUCAGAGCUGCAGAAGAGAAGAAGACGACGUUAGUAUCACACAAAAGGCACCAAGUUCUGAACUAAGACGAAGGCUCCGGGGUUCACAGCACCCUGAUAAUAACACGCCGGUCAUGUGAUUCUAUGUCCUUCUUUGCCGUCUGUUGGAGCCAAGAUAAUGAAUUCUAUGAGAAAAAGAAGAUGUGGACGAUUUAGUAAUGUUUCACCUCAAUGGGCGAUUCGGCUUGCUUCUCAUCAUACUCUUCAGAGUAGUCAAGUUAUGUGAGUCUGUUUGUGUCAUUAAACUGGAUGGGAUAUAUGCCAACUGCAAAGGGGAAAACUUGUAUUAUGUUCCUCAAAACUUUUCGGAGGAUCUGGAAUAUCUGGACUUGUCCUAUAAUAAAAUCACAGAAUUGAUUAUAACAAGUUUUAUUCGGUAUCCCUACUUACAUACGUUAAACCUGAGCUACAAUAACAUUUCCUACAUAGAGAAUGGAACAUUCGAGGUCAACCUGCUCCUAAGGAACCUGAGUUUAUUCAAUAAUUCUCUCACAGAGAUACCAGCCUCUCUAGCACCUCUCGUAAGCUUGCAGAUCCUGGACUUGUCCAACAACUUCUACAGGUUCCCCACCCUGGGGGAAGAGUUCAACAAACUGGUGGAAUUGCAAGACUUAUCCAUCGGAGGUCCUCUUGUUACUGCUGUUCAAAGAAAUGACUUAGUCGUCCUCCAGAGUAUCAGUCUGCAGAAGUUCUCUUUAAAGUCAAAGUCAAGUUUGGACUAUUACGAGCCGGGGGCUUUCUCUGUGCUGGACACUGAGGUCUUGUGGCUGGACGUUUCCCUGGACAGUAAUCCUGAUUUGCUAAUUGAUAUUUUAAAAGACUUACAAGGGAAAAACCUGACCACGUUACGUUUCCGGAACUUAUUUGAGUUUUCUUACUAUGACCGUGCAGGGGAUAUAUUCUCCUUCUUGCCUGCCAUUAAUCUACGAGAUCUGGUCUUCUACAGAGGAAAGUUUAAUGAGAAUCUUCUCCGUCUGGUCUUGCAGAACGUUCAGAUUUCUAAGAUCGAAAACCUUUUACUGCUCUCUAUAGAUUUUGCUCGCUCUGUGAACACCAAUAAGACAGAUGUGACCAUUGAUAACUUGAAUCUGCAGAAUUUGGUCAUACAGGACGUCACUAACCCAGAUAUCCUGAGGUUUGACUGGACUUUCACUUGGUUCAGUAACGUUGCACACCUGAGCAUCAUCAACGUCAACUUCAACUUUGUCCCAUGUGAUGCUUGGAGUCAAAUGACUAAUGUGGUCUCAUUAAAUAUAUCGAGUAACCGACUAAAAGCUGCGUACCUGUUUAACUUAUUGUGUAAGUAUAAUGGGCUACCAAAAAUUGAGACAUUCAAUGUAAGUAAUAAUGAAGUAAGGAGUCUGAAGACCAUCUCACUGUUGACAGCUUAUUGGCCAAAGCUCACCCAUCUGGACCUUUCAGAUAAUGCCAUCGGGAACAUGGCUGAGUCUUGUGAGUGGAGAGCCAGCAUCAAAACCUUAAUCCUAAGGAACAAUAUUCUGUUAGAGGAUGUGUUUCACUGCCUGCCAACUACAGUGGAACAUCUAGACAUGUCUAAUUCCCACCUGGAAAGUUUGGAUAUGAACUAUUUUUACCAAGCUACAAACCUAACUGAGCUCAUUGUACGAAAUAAUAAAAUCAAGUUCAUCCCGACAGACUGGAGCAGCCCCAACCUCCAGGUCCUUGCACUUGAAGGGAACUCUUUUGGCAUCAUUGAUCAAGGUUCUUUUCAGAACUUGCGACAGCUGAGAGAGUUAACUGCCGGGAACAAUCCUUACCAUUGUACAUGUGACCUCUACGACUUCAUCACAGUGACUCUUAAUGAAGGUUCCUUGUCUCUCCCGGACUGGCCAGACGACUACUACUGCUAUCAUCCACACCAGCUGCUAAACACCAGGAUUGAGUUCUUUAGCCCGGGGAAGCUGGAGUGUGACAUCCGCUUGGUGGUGGCUAUCUCAGUCUCAGUGACAGCUGUUGUGGUGAUUGUAUGCAUGCUGCUUUGCUAUAGGUUUGAUAUCCCCUGGUAUAUAAGGGCGAUGUGUCAGAUAAUUCAAUCCAAAUAUCGGUCUAGGAAUGACCAAGAGGCAAGAGAAUACGCCUAUCAUGCCUUCAUCUCCUACAGCUAUUCAGAUGCAGAUUGGGUAAGGGGAAUGUUACUACCUCAUCUAGAGAGCUCCAACCCUCCAUAUAGAAUCUGCAUCCAUGAAAGGGACUUCCUCCCUGGAAAAUGGAUUAUUGACAACAUCAUAGAGAACAUCGAGAACAGCCGCAAGAUCAUCUUUGUGUUGUCUCGCAACUUUGUCAACAGUGAAUGGUGUAACUACGAGCUCUACUUUGCCCAUCAGAGGGCCAUUGGCCAUGCCUUCGAAGACGUCAUUCUGGUGGUCAAGGAGAACGUCUGCAUGCAGGACCUACCAAAAAGGUACUGCAGGCUCCGAAAAAUGCUUAGAACUAAAACUUACCUUGAGUGGCCCCUGGAGGAGAACCGACAGCCGUUCUUUUGGGUCCAGCUCAAAAGCAUCCUGGGUAAAGGCAGCAUAAGUCUUUCCAGACAUGAUAAUAUUUCACUGGUGAAUGAAACGGUUAAUGUUGGUAUAGAGAGUAGUUCAGAGGAACCUAUGACUAUGACCACAAAGGACAACCUAAAGCUGCCCGAUAGCUGAGACCACACAAUGGGCCAUUAGGGGGAGAUUUAUCAAAACCUGUGCAGAUGAAAAUUUGCCCAGUUGCCCAUAACAACCAAUUAGCUUGCUUCUUUCAUUUUUAGGAAGGCCUGUGAAAAAUGAAAGAACUUUUCCUCUGCACAGGUUUUGAUAAAUCCUCCCCCCCCCCCCACCUUAGUGUUGGCAGUAUUUAAUUGAGCCCAUUUUUUGAUCAUCAUUUCAUAAGUCAAUUCUACAUAUAAUCUUUAGGAAUGUUGACAAUCUUGUAUUGUUUCAUCAUGUUUUACACUUUUGUCACUUCCAGAGCUGCAUUCACAGUACUGUACGGUAGAUUUCCUGUAGGUUUAAUCUCUGUAAAGAACACUUUCUUCUGAGGUACAUUAAAAAUGGGGGAAAGGUUAACCCUCCUGGACCAGCUUAGCUUUUAGGGGUGAAAAAAAAAAAAAAAAAGCACUCCAGGUUUUGUUUUAUUUUUGCCCAUAUCAUGCACAUUCACCAUAACUAGUCCUACAGUGUCAUCUGUUUCAUUCCAGUACAGCUUCCUUGUGUUCCAUUAUAUAGUUACAUAUAUAGUAAGUACAGUUUAAAAAAAAUGUCCAUUAAGUUCAGCCAAGAGGAAUAGUGUUAGGCCCCUUUCACACUGCCUGUAUCCUCAGGCAAAUUCGUCCUCCCUCUUUUUACUAUAAUUAUUUUGCCGGCCAUAAUUUUGCAGGAGCAUACCGGCAAAUAACUGGUCCUGAUGGACCCCAUUGUAUCAAAUAGCAGCUGUUAUUUUUGGAGAGAAAAAAAAGACGGUGCAAGCACUAUUUUUCCUCCGGCUUUUCUCGAUUCUAAAAUAACAGACUUCACACUGCCAGUGACAGGCGGCAGUGUGAACGCAGCCUUAAUGGGGCAUGUGAUCACCAGUCUGACCCACAGUGUUUAACCCCUUAAGGACAUGCACCGUAAAUGUACGGCGCUGCAUAGCCCCUCUUAGAGCACAGCGCCAUACAGUUACGGCACGGAUGUGAUACAAGCGUAGGAGCUGCGCUCGCUUCAUUUCCGGCGGCUGUCAGCAGCCGCGGACGCGCUGGUAAUGGCGGACAUCAGCAAUCGAGCUGAUGUCUGCCAUUAACCCCUCAGGUGCCGUGAUCAAUACAGAUCACGGCAUCUGCAGCACUUAUAAUGGCUGAUCUGAUCGCCUGCGGCACUGCCACGGGGAACAGAUCAGCGAAGAUGGCUGCCUCUGUCCGUCUCUCGGGGUCUUCUGCACUGAUCUGCCUUCCAGCACUUCCA